UCUUUGUGGCGAACUUCACGAGCAUUAAUGAUGGCCUCCUCGUGAGGCUUACGUCAAAAAUGUGAGGUUAUGUACAUUUCUGAAGUCUUUCGGCUUCUGGCAUUGACUUAUUUGUCGUCCAAGUAUUACAUAAUAUACCUCACAGAAAAAUAAAGGAUUUUAAUCACCAGGCCAUAAUCCAUAUUAUGCACCCAGCUAGUAUCACAGCUACAAAACUAUUAAAAGAAGUUCUACUUAAUAGACUUAAAACAUUUUCCAAAACUGCAUUCAGUAAUAAAUAUCUUUUAUACACUAAUGUGGGAAUAUCAAUCUCUUUAUCAGCAGUGGGCGAUGUGAUUGAACAACAUUAUGAAAUAUUAAAAGGGGAACUAAAGAAGUAUGAUCAACUAAGAACACACCACAUGUCAAUUUCUGGAAUGACUGUGGGUAUAAUAUGUCAUAAUUGGUACAAAUAUCUAGAUAAACGAUUGCCAGGACGCACAAUAGGAAUAGUCAUGAAAAAAGUUGUGAUAGAUCAAAUUGUAUGCUCACCAAUAUGCAUUUCUAUGUUCUUUAUUACAUUAGCUAUACUAGAAAAAACUAGUAAAGAUGAAUUAAUAGAGGAAAUUAAGAAAAAGGCUUGGAGGCUUUACGCUGCUGAAUGGGUAGUUUGGCCGCCAGCCCAAAUCAUAAACUUUUAUAUAUUACCUCAUAGGUUUAGAGUGUUAUAUGAUAAUACGAUAUCCUUGGGAUAUGAUAUAUACACAUCACAUGUGAAACAUGACCCAGCUGACAAUGAUCGUAAUCAUGAAAAAGAACAACGUAUUUGACAAAGAAUAACAAUUAUUUGAAUUUUUGUAAUAUGUAUAUAUAGUAAAUUUUCAAUUGUUCUUAAAUCUCAUAUCUUUAUAAAAAUUUAGGCAGAAAAUUAUUUUGUCAACAUCUUUACUUGGAAUUUUAACUUUUUCAAUGUACAAGGAUCAAUUACAAUUAACGAGAAAUUAAAUUGA